CUAGCUCUCUCCUGAUUCCCAGCCACGCGGCUGAUGGCUGCUGUUGACAGGUCAUUUCAUGGCUGUCCACAAUGUCGGGCUCUCCGCGUCCUGUGCAGCGAAGGAAGAAGCGUGAUUCAACCACACAGGCACUGGACCAUUUGAAUGGUCUCAUGAACACACAAAAGCGCCCUACCCCGAUUAAAACGGCCUAUGCACCUACACCCCAUCCCUCGCGUCGGCUUACGUACUCCGGCAGGCAAGAUAUUUCUAGCAAUCUCAGUCACCUUCCAUCCCCAAAGACUCUACCAUCGAAGCCCCGGCGCGUUCCCCCGACUGAACCACUCACUCCCCGUCGGACAUUAAGAUUCUCGGAACCAAUCCCCGUUGGGUCUACACAGGGUGGUAGCACGCGGAGCUUGCGACAUCAUGACAGCCCACCGCCGAGGCAUGGAAUUGACGAGGAAUUUGAGGGGCCAAGUGACGAGGAAAAUCCGGAAGAGACGGAGACUAAUGUCGGGGAUGCCAUUCACGCGGAUGACCCACAAAUGGGGUCUGUAAAUCAAAGCGAAAUUCAUGAACCAAGCGACGAUGAACAAAGCAAUGAAGGUGAAGAUGAAGGUCCCCUACAGGAAAACGACGAAGUGCUCGAUGGGGAAGGCCUUAGAUCGGACGUGGACCUUUUUUCAGACUAUGAUAACCAUUUACCCUUUGCCCAAAAUAGUCCGUCGUCAUCCUCCGGUCAGAAUACCCCUGCUCGUGUGCAGUCGGAGAGUCCUGCCAACUCCGACAUAGCACAACCAAGUGGGGAUAUUAGCAACAAGCAGAAGAACGAUACACCUGGACAACCAUCAGAUAAGCAGCACUCAGUCUCCAGCCACUCCUCACCUACAAAGCGAACGUCGACAAUAGCGGUCGAGAUCACGAGAACAGAAGCUUAUUCUUCGCCUGUAUCUGUUACACCAGAUGACCAUCAUUUGAGCGAUAUUCCAGUGACGGAUGACGCGCGGAUAGCAGACCAAAGAGCUAAUAUUGAAGACACUACAAUGGAUGGGGAUUCAGUUUAUCAACCUCCAGAAGACUCUUCAUCUUCAGUGUCCUCCCCUAGUAUUUCAUCCGAAUCAGAUUCUCAAUGUUACUCGGUCAAGACAAGUCCAGAAGCCUCAAGCCCUUCCAGGCAGUCCAACAAACGGAAACGCGCAACUACCAGUCAUCAGGAAGCAACCGGCCAAGUGAACAUGCAGUCUGGACCGAAAAGGCCCCGCCCAGUUCCCGGCGCUAGCUCUCUGGUUUCUAGCAAGAAGCGAGUCAGGGAACACCGGCACUCCCAUAGUCAAGAGGACCCCAAUAGUCAUCAUGCUACGCAGCCUGUCCAGGAAAAGCCUGUUACACAGAAACCCACCACCCAAGAUGAACCCGCUCAGGAAGAAACUAUUGUUCGAGAGCAGGAUCAUAGACCAGAACGACUUGAGGAUAGCUCAUGGUUCAGAGAAGCUUCGAACCUCAAUGAGCAGAGCUCCAAUUGGAAAAAGCUGAUCCAGAGGGCGCACGCUCUAGAAAACGAAGCUCGUCUAAGUCCAACGGCUGAAUUCGAUGGUAUAAGACAUAAGAUAUCUCGUUUAAUCGAAAUGUAUACAAACAUAAUCGAUAACUUGACGGAUGGCACGGGGCCUUCCAAUCAUGACGUUCGUACAUGUGCACUCUCUCUUAGAAAGAUCGCGAAGCGUGGGCGUCGUCAAUUGGAAGAAGUCUACAAUCUCUCUACCAAAGGUAGUAAGGACAAAGGCAAAUAUCUCGUGGAGGGCUUCGAGAAGCAUGUCAUUCCGCUCCUUGUGCGACUGGUUCUAGUCUGUUUCCAGGCUUAUUACGCGAGAAGCCGACUCUUUCCUGAGGCAAAAGAUCACGUCCGUCGUGCUACGGAAGUGCUGCUAGGGCACUGCGAUCAGAUCCACGGCUUGAUACAAGAGAACUAUGUGGAUUGUCACGCCAUCAGCCAGGGGAUUCGCCUGCCUUUGAGGCAGAUCAUAAAAUCUUUCGAUCAACGCGUGAAGAGGAGCCGCUUGUCUGAGACCACAGAGAUGCCGCGGGAAUGGACUGACGAGGAGGGACAUGCUCUCGUGGAGGGCUUACAGCUAUUCCAAGGUCCCAACCGAUAUUAUCAGAUUUGCGAAGCCUACCGCGAAGGAAUCGGCAGACGUGGGAUGAGGGAGGUGCGCAGGGAAAGUGAGCGACUGUACCGCCGGAUCUUCCCCCAGAUCCGGGAAUCGGUGCGGACAGCAAAGGGACGUCAGGAAUGGGGAUGGUUGCUGAAGGUGAUGAAGGUGAGAGAGUUAUAGAGGUUUACUUUUUGUUUGUGUUCAGCACAGCACCAGCGGAUGUGGCUGGAUGUCAGAUACCCUCUAUCGUACAAAUGUUCCAAUCAAUGAG